UUGUGGCUGUAGUUGAGCUACUCAGUUGAGUGACUGAUAAGUUCAGUUGGAGUUCGCUUGGCGCCGAGAACGGUUUAAUUUGAAAGCGCCCCAUCGAAAUAACUCUCAUAUAGUUUAGCGGGAAUUUUUCAAAAGAAAAAAUAACUAUUUACAAAAAAAAAAAAUUAGAAUAAAACUAUUCAAAUAGAAACUCUUUUUUUUUUCAAGUGCUUUGAAACGAAUUUUCAACGAAAUCCCAAAAAACCCAUACUACUGUAGAUUCUAUAUAUCCUUGGGUGGCCCAUUAAAGGAACAGCCGGUUGAAUGAGAAACCAAACGUUUUGAAGCCUGAAAUAUAAAAAAAAAAAGAAGAGGUAAACGGCUUCGGAAUGGAUGCUCGUCGGCAGAAAAGACUUGGCCAAGCGCCAAUUGCAUCGUUCGAAAAGUCAUUCGAGGACAAUGCCACGACAAAUGCUCAGCAACAGCAACAGCAACAGCAUCACCAUCAGCAUCAGCAUCACCAUGGCAAUCCUGCAGCGAUGAUGGAACAGAGUUUGGGAAAACAGACAACAACGAGGCCAACCACAGAGAUGGCUAACCGGAAUAGAAACAUUCCAAAUACCACCAAUGUAGCAGCCACCGCAACCGCAACCGCAUCCACCUCCUCCUCCUCGUCGUCGUCCAUGUCCAUGUCCUCGGCCACCUGUUCGGCGACCAUUGUCCAGGCCAAGCAGCGUCCGCCGCCCCUGAAAACGGCCACCACCACGGUCACCACCACUCUGGUGUCCAGCAGCGAGGGCGGCCAGCCCCUGCCGCCCAGCGCCCAUGGCGGUGGCGCUGGUAGUGCAGCAGGGGGUGGUGGUGGGACAUACCGGGGCACAGCCACCCUGACCACGCCCUCAACGCCCAGGAUCGAGCUGAGCCGGGCGUCCAGUUCGUCGCAUCACGAGGAGGACAGUCGGGAGAGUAGUCCCGAGAAUGUGUUCGAACAGGUCGGCACUGGCACCCUACAGGAAACAAUCGGUCUCGGCUUUCGGGAGGAGGGCGCCCUCGAGCUGCGCAGCUCCACGGAAGAGCUGUACUUCAUGGAUGCCGAGCAGAAGAAGGAGGAGCAGGAACGCAUCCAGCAGCAGCAGCAGCAGGCCAAGCGCUCCUCACCGCACAUCUUCAAGUUCGACGACCACCAGAGCUACCUGCAGCAGCACCAGCGCAAGGACUCGGCCAGCUCGGAGGUGGCCGCCCUCCUCUGCAUCUCCGGCCGCACCAGUCGCAUCUCCAGUGUCGGCAGCCAGGGAUCUGCCGUCAGUCGCCUGUCGGCCGUCUCCGGCGUCUCCCGCUCCCCCUCGCCGCAUCGCAUGCUCCUCGAGACCUCCUUCUGCGGCCCCAAGCCCGUGGAACUGGCCGGAGCAGCCGGCGGGGCUGGGGCCAGCGGGGGCAGUAGCGCCUCCACGGCGGCCACCUCGGCCCACAGCCAGGGCGAGUGUGUCCCCGGGACGGGCACAGUGGCGGCCAAUGCGGCGUUGCUGGAGCAACUGCUCCUGGCGCGGAAACACGAUCCCACACAGGCGGUCCUGGCCGAGGGCAUUAAGGUCCUGCCACCGGCCCAGCUGCACAGCUCCGCCCCCAGCUCCUCCACGUCGCGUCGCAGCCGGCAGGCCGCCUCGCUGGCCAACGGGGAGCGGGAGUCGAAGUCCGCCGGCAAGCCCACCAUUGGCGCCCAAAGGAGGAGCACCAAGAGCCCCGGCCAGAUGGUGGUGGGCAAGACCGCCAGCGGCACGGAGUACAUCCGGAUCAACCUGCGUCCGGAUCACAUGUACAGCGACAAGGGCAUCGCCGCCAACGAACGGGUCGUGGAGGCGCCCAACCAACUGGCUCCGGUCUACUCCAAGCCCGCCUCCCUGAGCUUACAGGGCGGCGGAGGGGGUGCCGCCGCCGCCUCCGUCAUCGAGGAGAUGCACCUGACCCCGACGGCGAGUCCCAAGACGGGCAAGCGCUUCACCAGCCGCUCCCCCUCCCCGGCCACUGGCCCUGGAGGCGGAGGAGCCUCCGUGUCCCGGAAGAGCUCCUUCAGCUCCCUGUUCCGGCUGGGCAAGGACUCUCCGGACUCACCCCGCGAGACCGCUCGGUCGCGAAGCAAAAGCAAAGACAGACCCUCGACGGCAUCAGGAGGACUGGGCGGGAGUGGAGGCGGAGCAGGCGGUGGCUCCCAGAAUGUGACGCCCAGCAAGCAGAAGUCCGUGCUGGCCAUCUUCAAGCCCGGGAAGCGGGGCAGUCAGAGCAGCAAGAGCUCCUCGCCGGUGGAGUCAAGCGUGGAGCCGGCGCCACCACCACCGCCCCCGGCGCCGGGCUCCUCCGGAUCGGAGAAUCGCAGCCGGCCUCCCUCCCGGCCGGGCUCCAGACUCCGGUACUACGACGAGCCGGUGGAGGGCUACAUCCACAUCCCGCUGCACACGCCUCCGGAGGAGCGAGAGGCCCGCACCCUGCUCCAGGGCAUCCAGCAGCUGGCCAGCGCCGCCCAGGCCUCCGUGGAUCCCUCGCCUCUGCCCUCCCACCGUGUCCUGCCCUCGUCCGCCGUGGCCACCGCCCCUCCGGGCACCCACAUCACGGCCAGCCAACUGGCCGCCGCUGCCGCCGCCCUCCGCCCGGUGGCCCACAAGAAGGUGGCCCAGCGCCCGGAUCUGGACGCCAUACAGUCGCUGCCCAGCCAGGACGAGCCGCCGAUGCCGCCGUCCAACGACCAGACCGGGACUGGGGGGGCCAACUGGAGCCUGGAAGUGCAGCGGCACAGCUCCCAGGACUCGCAGGAGACCACGGCCGAUUCCGUGGGCUCGGUGGUCAGUGCCCGGGCGGCGAAUCUCGCCCAGCAGCGGGAGCAGCAGGCGGAGAUCCAGCGACUGCCCUCCGUGGAGUCCACGCAGAGCGCCUGUGAGCCGAAACUGGUCCACACGGUGGCCACCGUGAAUGCUCCGCAUCCGGACGUGGAGACAGCGGCCGCCAAGGAGCGACGCCGCCUCCUGUUCGCCACACGACUGGGCUCCGGCAGCCAGGAGCAGCUCUUCUCCACCCAGUUCAGCAUCUCGAAGACGGAGAGCCAGUCCAGCCAGCUGUCCGAGCAGGUGGAGCAGCACUCCAGCACCUCGGAGGCGACAGUGGGCGGACCAGUCGGUCCUGAUGGCCUCCAGCGCCAGGGCACCGUCAUCCGGAGAAUAGAACCUUCCAUACCACCACCACCGCCACCCCGCGGGGUGUGCUCCUCCUCCGAGGACGAACCGGAUGCCAAGACGGCCGGCGGCCGGGAGAGCGUGGUGAUGCGCUCCAAGCAGAAGCCAUCGUCCGGGGACGAGGCGCCCGCCGCGGACGUCCGGCACUCGCGGUAUCUGGAGAACUUCAAUGUGCGGCUCAAGCUGCAGGACAACAACCUGCCCGCGGAGGCGGAGGUGCCACCUGGCCAGGCCACCACUGCCGCCAUUCCCAGGAAGCCCAAGCGACAGAGCAUCACGGAAUCAAGACGAGAAACAAGUCAGAGUUCGGGCGGAGCCACGCCCACCACGCCCAUCCCAGCAGCCACCCAGCCCCCGGCUCCAUCCACUUCCAAGGCCACUACCUCCACCACACCAACAACCACUACGGGAGCUGCCACGCCCCCCUCCUCAGUGCCCUGCCACGCCCCGUUGCCGCCAGCUUCCCAGGCCAUGGCAUCGGCGUUGGUGUCCCCGCCGGCGGAACGCCGUAACUCCCAGUCAACGGACGACCACGAGCCGGUGGAGUCGUCGGAGAGCGAACGGGACUCGGACAUGGCCGGCAGCUCAUCCGUGACGACGGCGGUGCCGGCGGGAGACGAGGCAGCCAAGCGGCACCACCACCACCACUUCCCGCGCAACGUGUGCGUCAUCGAGGAGCACGAGAGCACCGGGCUGGUCUCGCAGGAGUCCUUCGACGACGAGCUGCCCUACAUCCCGACCACCCUGCCCGAGGAGCGGGCCCAGGGAGUGCCACUUAUCCCCAUGAGGGAGCGCGCCAACAUGGAGCUGAAGACCUGCCCGGUGGACAGGCCACGGUCCACCACUCCCCUGAAUCCGUCGCACAUCGAGGAGUACUGCACCGGCAUCCCAGUGCCGCAGGAUAACGUCGCAGGCUAUCUUUCCAGCAUAGAUCCCACCAUGUUAUCCACAGGAGGAGGCUCAGCUCUGGGAGGAUCGGAAGCAGGAGGCACUGGAGGAGCACCUGUGCGCGGGGAGAAGCUCCGCAUCAGCCUGCCACGCAAGGAGUCCGCCGGCAAGGAGCGCAUCCAGAGCUCCAAGUCACCACGACGAACCUCCAACGCCAGCGGCAAGUCCUGGUUCGAGUUUGCGGAGGAGGGCCUCCGGGCGAACAACAAUCUGGAGCGCAAGGACUCCGCCAAGCAGCUGCUCCCGGUGGUGACGCCACCGCCCCAGGCGGGCGCCACUCUGGAGGAGCCCAAGCCGAAGGCAUCCACCCAGCGGAAGCUCUCCGGGCACUGGAUCGAUUUCGAGAACAUUCCGGAGAAGCGAAAGCCCGCCAAACGGAUCACGGCCCUGCCCAAGGAGUCACUGGCUGGGGCUGGGGCUGGGGCUGCCUCUGGGGGCACUGCGGUGACCACCACCAGCUCCUCCUCGGCCUGCGGCAGCGGCCAUCGACCCGGUUCCGGACACCAUCACCACCACCACCACCAUCACCAGCAGCAAUCAAAACAGGGGCCGGACGGAGGAGGUGACAAGCUGCACUACAACUACGUGAAGCCGGAGGACUGCCAGUGCGAGUGCCACGAGGCGGAGCGGGACGAGUCGUCGACCACCACGGCCGGGGCAGGAGACACCAGUACUGGGACAGGUACUGGGACCGGUACGGGCAGCGAGUCCCUGCCAUCGGCGGAGCAUGGCGAGGAUAUGUUGCCGCUCCUCGAUCCCGAAACUUCAACGGAGGGCAGGAUAUAUGCGGAUGAGACUCACUCGCUUCUGGGUCACAGUGUCAAAGGAGGUGCUGGUUCAAGGAAUCAAAUGGGAGAGUUCUCUCGCCGGGACAAUGGAUCCAGUUCCCGUAAUCGCAAGUUUCCGGACAGAAAGUAAGCGGCUCUCUCUCUCUCUCUCUCUACAAAGUCAGUAAACUAUAAGGCCAGAAGAGGACUCAAGUCUAGAAUCCUGGUAAUCCUGGUCUAUAUCCUUAAUGUACCUCAAGCAGAGUGGUUGUUUCCUUUCGACUUUCGAUAGUAACUGAUAUCUAAGCCCAUAACGCAUAUUCGAUACGAUACAUAGAGCUCAUGUAUAGGAUAAAUUUUUUUUUAUACAAAAUAUAUUAUAAAAUAUACUAUAUAAUCUAGCUAAAUGGAAAUUACAAUUAAAACUACACUCUACAGGAUACUAGAAUACAAGAUACAAGAUACAAGAUACAUUAUUAGCAAUCCAGAUAGACUCUAGAUAGAGUUCUUUUUCGCUAAUCGUUAUGCUGGCAAUUUUAAAAUAUAUAUACAUAUAUUAUAUACGAUAUACGAUAUAUGAUAUAUGAUAUAUAUAUAUAUGUGAUCUAUAAUGUUGUACGAUCGAGGGAUAAUCCGAUUCUAGCUCUAAGUCGGUGUAUUUGUGUGUAGAUUUGUUAACUCGCUCAGACAAAUCCAGAACCCAUAGACUUACACACUCUGAUCUGAUCUGAUCUGAUCUGAUCCAAGCCCUACUAUUUAAUAAUAUAUAUAUAUCUGAAUCGGAAUCUGAUAAAGAAGUAUCUACAAACGAGUUGUAUUCGUUUCUUCAACUGGUGAUGGUUGCUCAUUCCCCCCACAGACCCCCAAGUAGCCACUCCACACUAUAUAUACUAUAUAUAUUUAUAUAUAAAGAUAUACCUCUGGACUCUACGAUCUAUGAGGGAUCUACCAACGAGUUGUAUUCGUUUUAGAUUCGUUUAGAAGUAGCCCUUAGUUGGACCUAGGACCUAUUAGUUAGUUCGUUGUACAUAUUAAGUCGAAACUAGACCGCAGUAUUUGGACAAAAAGCGCAUUUUUUUUAUUGCGAAAUUAAAUAUUUAUAUGUCAUAUAUAUGUUUAGAAUGAAAAAAAAAUAACUGCCAGCACACAAACAUAUUCUUUUUUCGAAAAUAUUCCAAAAGAUUCGUUGGAUUCUUUAUUCUUUCUGGGGGGGCCGCCACCAAUUCAUGGUUCAUGCGCCAAAGAUAUCACGAACUAAUUCCCUCACUUACCAAAUCAAACUAUAAACUCAAUAAGAAAUGCUAGCUAGUCUUUGAAAUUCCUAAAAAUCUAUUUAUUAUUGAACUUAGCGGACAAUGAAAUAAAGUUAAAUUUAAUAAAUUAAUAUUAAAUCCAACUUUAAGAGAAACUUAUAGGUAAAUUAUACAAAAAAAACAUAAAAACAUAAAUAAUAGCAUGAAAGGGAGCUUUUGCAGGGAACUGAACGAGUUUAACCCCAAAAAAAUCGAAUCGAAUAUCUUAUGGAAGAAAUAAGUACAGAGUUCGAUUCGGGAAGAUUUUCUGUUUAUUUUUUAAUCAAAAUAAUUAUUUUUUGAAUGAAAGUGGUGGAGAAGCACAAAAUGCACGUAUAUAUGUUUUAGUAUAUAGAUGAAUCUUAACAAAUUGUACAAUAACUUCAACAAUAUAUACAUAUAUAAUAAUAUAUUCGCACAUAUUAUAUAGAUGGAAUUAUAUACGGAUAUGUAUAUGCAUUUAAACAUAAGUUUCAUUCCAGCUUCCGAAUCUUGUUUUGAUGAAUACAUUUUUCUUAAUUUUUUUAAUAAAUUUUUUUUUUUAUAUAUUUUAUAACUUAGAAGAUGAAAAAACAAAAGACGAAAAGUUGUUGUUAAAAAAAAAAAUGCAUUUAAAUGAAAAAACAAGACGAUGGAAAGUGGAAGAUGGGAGACGUUUAAUUAAGAAAAAGAAUUAUAAAAUAAUUGUUGUUAUCAAAAUUAAUGCAUUCAUAAUGAAAAACAGAAAAUAAAUUAAUAAAUAUAUAUGCACUCUCGUCAUUUAACGAUUUCAUAUAAACGAAGUGGAUGGAUGCCUUUUUUUGACGAAAAGCAUUCAGAAAGUUAAUUGAAAACUAUUCAUUAAAGUGACAUAAAAAAAAUAAA